AUGACGCCGCUGGUGGGGAUGCUGCCGUGCACGGACUACCUGACCAACAUCACCGUGCUGACGCCCCCCGGCGAGUGCUGCGACGGGCUCAAGUCCGUCAUCAGGGACGCGCCCAUCUGCCUCUGGCAGGGCAUGAACGGGGACAUGAACCAGUUCUUGCCCAAGCCCGUGGACCCGAUCCGCAUGCUCAUCCUCCCGCUCGCCUGCGGCACCGUGCUGCCGCUCCAAACUCUCUUCGCAUUCAACUCGCAACAGGUGCCGCCGAUAAUGCCUCCUACGCCAGCAGAGCCGCCGGUGACAACUCCUUCAGCGUCACCGUAG